CUUCAGCUAGCUUGACGCUGGUCCGCUAACUUAUGUUUAGUCAGCCAACCGAAGUAUGGACUCCUUUUACUCUCCACAUUUCACACCCGAACGUUAAAUGACGAACACGCGCGACGAUAUGACCGACAACCGCCGUUUUAUCUGUUGUUACUUCGGGCGAAUUGUUUUAUAAACGGAAACGCUAGCUUGUGCGUAACGGCGACGUCUUCUCCGUCUCUCCGCAUCUCUCCUCGAGCAGCGAAACGCGGCUAGCUGCGAUGUGAUUAUGAAUUACAUCCGUCGGGGGGGGGAAGUUUUAAUGGGCGUCAUCACCGCUGAAUGGCUCCGAUAACACGUCAUCUUCCGUCACUCGAGGCCUGAGCGCUGUGAUUUCCAACACUCGGGAGGAACCGCUAUAUUUUGCAUUUCGGAGGAAGGGAGGCGGUAACUGAAGACACCGCAUCCACUGCUCCGUUGCUAACAUCACAAUACAGAGGAGGAGGAGAGGGGGGUGGUGGGGAAAAAAAGAUGUCUUUCUUCAAUUUUCGCAAGAUAUUCAAGCUGGGACCCGACAAGAAGAAGAAGCAGUACGAGCACGUGCACCGCGACGUCAACCCCGAGGAGAUAUGGGACAUCAUCGGGGAGCUCGGAGAUGGAGCCUUCGGGAAAGUGUACAAGGCUCAGAACAAGCAGAACAAAACCCUCGCUGCCGCCAAGGUGAUCGACACCAAGACGGAGGAUGAAUUGGAGGACUACAUGGUGGAGAUCGAGAUCCUCGCCUCCUGCGACCACCAUCACAUCGUCAAGCUGCUGGAUGCCUUCUAUUUUGAUGGCAAGCUGUGGAUUCUGAUUGAGUUCUGUGCGGGUGGUGCAGUGGAUGCCAUCAUGCUGGAGCUCGAGAGGCCCCUGACGGAGCCCCAGAUCCGCGUGGUGUGCCGGCAGACUUUGGAGGCCUUGUCUUACCUCCACGAGAACAAAGUCAUCCACAGAGACUUGAAAGCCGGGAACAUUCUCCUCUCUCUGAAUGGAGAAGUGAAACUGGCUGACUUUGGGGUGUCCGCUAAAAAUACCAAGACUUUUCAGAGGAGAGAUUCUUUCAUCGGCACUCCGUAUUGGAUGGCCCCAGAGGUGGUGAUGUGCGAAACUUCCAAGGACCGUCCGUACGACUUCAAGGCCGACAUCUGGUCCCUCGGCGUAACCCUGAUCGAGCUGGCGCAGAUCGAGCCGCCCAACCACGAGAUGAACCCCAUGAGAGUGCUGCUGAAAAUAGCCAAGUCGGAGCCACCCACACUCAUGCAUCCUUCUCGCUGGUCACCGGAAUUUAACGACUUUCUGCGAAGGGCGCUUGAUAAGAAUGUGGACAAUAGGUGGGGCACGCAACAGCUUCUACAGCAUCCUUUCGUCACCAGUGUGACGGACAGCAAACCGCUCAGAGAGCUCAUAGCUGAAGCCAAAGCUGAAGUCACAGAGGAGAUCGAGGACAGCAAGGAGGAGGAGGAGGAGGAAGAGCCUGAUACGCCUUUGGCGGCUCCCGGGCACAAGCGAGUGCCAUCAGAUGCCAGCGCGGCCAGCUCAGAGGAUGACAAAGUCCCGCCGACUUCCUCCGCCCUGGAAUCCGUUACAGAGAAGACGGAGGCCGAGUCGGCCGAGGACCGGAUCAGCGACAAGCUGUCCGAUGAGGGUCUUGGAACGAGCGAGGUAGACAAGACGGAGGAGGAGAAACUCAACGAGGUGUCGGAUGCUAGCAAUGAAGACCUAGCCUCUGGGCUAACAGAACCCGCCAAGGACUUUAUAUCGCAAGGUCCUACAGAGCCGCCUGGACCAGGAGAUAGUCGAGCUGAGGAGAUUCCCGCUGAGCCUGUGGUUGCACAGCCAGAUGAAGCUGGAGAUGCAGUGGACACCCAAGAACUUUUACCAGGUGGUCAAACAACAGUGGAGGAACGGAAGGAGAUGCAAGGAGAGAAAACGGUCAAAGAAGAAGAAGAAGAAGAAAAAGCUGCUGGUACAGGAGAAUCCAUUGAAUCCCAUGGCCGACCCGAAGACAAACUAGAAGAACCAGAAUUCGUAUCAGGGGAGGUGGCUCUGGCAGAAGAAGAAAGCAAGGAGCCAGAUGAGACCCCUCGGCAUGAAUUGACAGACGACAGAAUAGAAAACACUGCUAAUGUCACCGUUGUAAACAUACACCCCCAGAGUACAGCGUCGAAGGUAGUGGACACGAACAUAAAUGUCGCCACGGACACAAAGUUGAGCGAGGACGAGUCCCCUGCUGCGGUGCUGCCGGACAAAGAGGCCACAGAGGAAAAGCCCGCGGACGGGGCAGAGCAGCUUCAACCAGACGAUCCGAAUAAGGGGGAGGACGAUCGGGGGGAACAGGCCCCAAACACACCCACAAAUGCAGUCAGCGACGAAGCCAAAGUCCCCUCGGAGGAGUCUCACCCGGCGGUCCCAAGUAGAGACGAGGAGGAAGCUCCUGGCGUAGACGAGAGCACCUCCCAAGAUGCCACCCGCGUGCCGGAGGAGAGCGAAACGGGUCCAGAGAGCAAGACGGAGGGCGGGAGCCCCGCCGCGGCUCAGCCGGAUUUAGAGAAGGACUCCGACUCCGGAAGCAGCUCUGCCGCCGAUAGCAACAGCCUUGACCUCAACCUGUCCAUCUCCAGCUUCCUGUCGAAGACCAAGGAAGGGGGCUCCGUGUCCAUGCAGGAGUCCAGACGUCAGAAGAAGACCCUGAAGAAGACGCGCAAGUUCAUGGUGGACGGCGUGGAGGUCAGCGUGACGACGUCGAAGAUAGUGACGGACAGCGACACCAAGAGCGAGGAGCUGAGGUUCCUGAGGCGGCAGGAGCUGAGAGAGCUGCGCCUCCUGCAGAAAGAGGAGCAGAGGGCCCAGCAGCAGCUGAGCAACAAGCUGCAGCAGCAGAGAGAGCAGAUCUUCCGACGCUUUGAACAGGAAACCGCGGCCAAGAAGCGUCAGUAUGACCAAGAAGUGGAGAACCUUGAGAAGAAGCAGAAGCAGACCAUCGAGCGGCUGGAGCAGGACCACACCAGCCGGCUCCGAGACGAAGCCAAACGCAUCAAGGCGGAUCAGGACAAGGAGCUGUCCAAGUUCCAAAACAUGCUGAAGAACCGGAAGAAAGAGGCCAAACAGGAAGUUGGACAGUCCCCCAAACACAUGAGAAAAGACCUCAUGAAACGCGUAAGGGAGGAUCUGUUGCUCCUUAAGAACUCCGAGGAGCAAGAGUUCCUACAGAAGCAGCAGCAAGAGCUGGACGGAGCUCUGAAGAAAAUCAUCCAGCAGCACAAACUGGAGAUCACCACCAUUGAGAGAGACUGCUUGAAUCACAAGCAGCAGCUGAUGAGAGCUCGAGAGGCGGCCAUGUGGGAGUUAGAGGAGCGCCAUCUGCAGGAGAAGCACCAGCAGCUGAAGCAGCAGCUGAAAGACCAGUACUUCCUGCAGAGACACCAGCUGCUGAAGAGGCAUGAGAAAGAGAUGGAGCAGAUGCAUCGCUACAACCAGCGAAUGUUCGAGGAGAUGAAGAACAAACAGAACCAAGAGAGGGUUCGUCUGCCCAAGAUUCAGCGGAGCGAGGCCAAAACCCGCAUGGCCAUGUUCAAGAAGAGCAUCCGCAUCACCGCCACGGCAGCGGUCACGCCCGAGCAGGAGAGGGAACGGAUAAAACAGUUUGCUUCUCAGGAAGACAAGAGGCAGAAGAACGAGAGGCUCCAUCAACACCAGAAACACGAGAACCAGAUGAGAGAUCUGCAGCUGCAGUGUGACUCGAACAUCCGGGAGCUGCAGCAGCUGCAGAAUGAGAAAUGCCACCUUCUGAUUGAACAUGAGACUCAGAAGCUGAAGGAGCUGGAUGAGGAGCACAGCCAAGAGAUAAAGGAGUGGAGAGAGAAGCUGAGACCAAGGAAGAAGGCGCUCGAGGACGAGUUCACACGGAAGCUCCAGGAGCAGGAGGUCUUCUUCAAGAUGAGCGGCGAAUCCGAAUGCCUUAACCCCAGCACCCAGAGUCGAGUAUCCAAAUUCUACCCCAUCCCGAACCUGCACAACUCUGGUUUAUAGCCUCCGUCCGUUUCGUCUGCGCCACGGAACGGACUCCCGCGGAACCCCCGGCCGCGCUCACGGACUCUUCCAGAUGGAGCGGCGUGAUUUCUCCCACCGUUACUGGGCUUUGAUUCCACCGUUUAGUGAGCAUGACGUGCUUACACACAGGUCCCCUCACUUAAAUCUUUUUUUUUUCUCAGCUAUUUGAGAAAUGUCCAAUGAUAGUGAAAUGCACUUUUUGGAGCAUGUUCAAAAUUCAAAAGCCUGCAAUAGGUAGCGUAUUUUAAGCACAGCCUGCUUCAGUAUGAAUGAUCUCCAGUGCCUCAUUUGUUCUUUUUUUUGUUCUGUGUCUGCAGCCCUCAGUGUUUUACAGUAAAUACACAAGUUCCCCCUGAAUGUCUUGCACUUAAAUAACUGGUUAUCGUUUCCACCCACAAGAUGUUGGGAGAUUAAACGGACAGAGAUCUUGUGUCACUGCAUGCAAGGGAGAUUUGUUAUGCUGUGGUCUGAAGAUGGAGUCUAAAACAGCAAUGCGUUGGGAUCCAAAGUGCUGUGAGUUCAAAUUAAAAGGAAUGUACUGUGUUGUAAAUGAUGCGCUGAGUGAAACGUUACUUGUGUACCGACAUGUGGGGUUUAAUCGGAUAUGAAGGUCCUAAGAAUUUGUGCUAAUGUCCACAUAGUAAAGCGCAGGGGUGACCUGCUUCUUCAAGGAGAAUGAUGGAAUACGUAAUAUAUGAAAGCUGAAGGAAUGUAAAGCGGUUUCUUUGCACUGUUUUUGCCUCAUGAGCUAAAGAAUAAAUAUGCAGUAAUAAAACUGUCACCGUAUUUUGACAGUGAGUCACCUUUGUCUCACCCAAGCCUAUUCAAACUGACAUAAUUGUCUCUUUCUUUUUACAUAUCAUUUUACUUUAGUAUUUUAUGAUCAUAUCUUGUUUUCUAAAUAUGUAUUCUGGAAAUAUUGAUGCUGUACUUGCUCUUCUGCUCAGGAGACUAGUGUUGUGUGAAAGGAAUAAAGCUGUUAAUGUUUUGGGUUU